UCCGCCAUUCAGGUAAAAGCUUUCUAUCUUCUCCGCAUAUAAAUGUGGCACUAUCCUUCACUUGUUCUUCACUUCCAAGAUUUCAGAUCAAGUCUCCUGUAAACAGAGGUCUAGUACUUGCUGAGAAAGAAAUGGCCGAGGCACACCAACUAAACACAUGGGAAGGGUAUGUAGACUGGAAAAAGCGACCAGCUCUGAAAGGCCGUCAUGGUGGUGUGCUCGCUGCCUCUUUUGUCCUGGUUGCAGAGGUACUGGAGAAUCUAGCAUACCUGGCGAAUGCAAGCAAUCUCGUUCUAUAUAUGUCCAAAUCCAUGCAGUUUUCUCCAUCCAGUUCUGCCAACAUGGUUACCAACUUCAUGGGCACAGCAUUCCUCCUGGCUCUCCUUGGUGGUUUCUUAGCCGAUACUUUCUUCACCACUUAUUGCAUCUACCUGAUAAGUGCUACAAUAGAGUUCACGGGCCUGUUAAUACUCACACUGCAAGCUCACAUGCGCUCUCUGAAACCGCCAAUCUGCACAUCAGUCGAUAGGAAAACUCCCUGCGAGCAAGUUGAGGGGGAGAAAGCAGCAUUACUGUUUUUAGGCCUCUAUGUAGUGGCAUUGGGUGUUGGUGGGAUAAAAGGCUCCCUUCCUCCGCAUGGAGCUGAGCAGUUUGAUGAGACCACCCCAAGGGGGAGGAAACAAAGAUCUGGCUUCUUCAACUACUACAUAUUCUGCCUCUCCUGUGGGGCUUUAAUUGCUGUGACAUUUGUGGUGUGGAUAGAAGACAACAAAGGCUGGCAAUGGGGGUUUGGCGUCUCCACUGCGGCAAUAUUGAUGUCCAUCCCAAUCUUCCUCCUUGGCUCCCCUACUUACAGGAACAAAAUUCCGACAGGAAGCCCCAUUACAACCAUAUUUAAGGUUUUGGCUGCUGCAUUUUACCACAGUUGUUUGUGUAGGAAUUCCAGUAACACUAUUGCGACCAUGAAUAGAAGCCCGUCCUGUACAACUGAUACUAGCCAAGAAGAAGAUCGUGCCAAAGAAAACGCACAAAUUCAAUGUGCAACACAAGACAUGAAAUUCCUUGAUAGAGCAUUUGUCAGAAAGCUCGUCCACCCAGUGAUUUCAUGCACUACACAACAAGUCGAAGAAGUGAAAAUAGUAAUUAAGAUCUUUCCCAUAUUCAUGUCCACCAUUAUGCUCAACUGCUGCCUCGCUCAGCUCUCCACCUUUUCGGUCCAGCAAGCAGCCACCAUGAACACCAAUAUUGGCUCCGUAAGAGUCCCACCAGCUUCUCUACCCAUAUUUCCCGUCAUCUUCAUGUUGAUUCUCGCGCCAAUCUACAACCACAUCAUCAUCCCAUUUUCAAGGAAAGUAACCAAAACUGAAAUGGGUAUCACUCAUUUACAAAGAAUGGGGACAGGGCUAGUUCUCUGUAUAGUGGCCAUGGCUGUUGCAGCACUUGUAGAAACAAAGCGAAAAAGGGUAGCUGCACAAUUUGGUCUGAUGAACACCACUGAACCUCUUCCAAUCACAUUCCUUUGGAUUGCUUUUCAAUACUUGUUCCUGGGGUCGGCUGAUCUUUUCAGUCUGGCUGGCAUGAUGGAAUUCUUCUUCACAGAGGCCCCAUUCAGCUUGAGAUCUUUGGCAACAGCUCUGUCCUGGGCAUCAUUGGCAAUGGGAUACUAUCUCAGCUCAGUGCUAGUAUCCAUAGUCAACAGAGUCACUGAUACCUUCCGGAACUCACCAUGGCUCUUUGGAAGUAACCUGAAUCAUUAUCACCUCGAGAAGUUUUACUGGCUACUGUGUGUAUUGAGUGGAUUGAAUUUCUUGCAUUACCUCCUCUGGGCUAGGCGCUACAAGUACAGAUCAAUAAGGCCCGAGGAUCAGAAUGAAAUUCAUACAAUGAGUACAUUCACGGAGGUCUAAUUGCCUUCAACAUAUAUUCUACCUGUUAUUGCAUAUCAUGGAGAGAGAGAGAGAGAGAGAGAGAGAGAGAGAGAGAGAGAGAGAGAGAGAGAGAGAGAGGCACUGGCUGAUUAGAUUAAAGAGAGUCCUAGAUCCCUAAGUAAUGGUUCAGCUAUUGUAAGGCUCAGAGGUCUAUCUUUUUCCUUCCUAAUGAUAUUGGCAUGAGUAUAUCUAUUUCCUAACAACAAAAGGACCUCUAGUACUAAGGAUACAGAUGUUCAUGUGUCAGCCUCCUUGUCCAAGGCAGUUUGCUCAAACUUUGAAAACUCAAAUUCUAGC